UACGCGUGCGAGAGCGAGAGCACCUGAAAGAGAGAGAGAGAGAGAGGAAGAGCGAUACAGGUGUGGCAAGUUUACAGGAGGUGUAUACACGGCCGCGACACAAUGGUCUCUUGUGCAGUACUGAUGGCGGUGGCCGGCAUGGCCAUGCUAGGGUCCUCAACAACGAGCGCCUUCACCUCUCCGGCCAUCAUCCGGUCCCAGCACAGCAGAGCGGCGGCGCGACCAAGCUGCGACCACGCCGCACGCACGCAAGCGCCGAGCCGACAUCCUGUCGCCGCGAAGGCCGGCGGACGACGAUACGCGUCACAGCUGCGAAUGAGCACCGCCGAGGAGACUCCUGCGGCGGCCGCGGCCGUAGCUCGGGAGCCGACGAGAGACAUUCCCACCACAUUGCCGUCGGAGUGCGGGAUAGACUACGUGCCGCUGGCUACGAUGUUGGCCACGGGGGACCUCAAGGGCGCCGACCAGUUCACGCGGGACGCACUCAUCAAGGCGGCGGGAGCGGGCAGCCAAAAGAGGGACUUUGUGUACUGGACGGAGGUCAAGAACAUCCCCAACACGGACUUGGCGACCAUGGAGAACCUGUGGCUGAGCUACAGCAAGGGAAAGUUCGGCUACAGCGUACAAAAGGACCUCUGGCGGAAGACCAAGGGCGACUUCGAGAACUUUUGCCGCCGCAUCGGCUGGACUACCAUGGACGCUGAGGUACAGGCACCGACGGAAAAGCAAAAGCAGACAGCAAGACAACAAGUGAGAGGAUAA